AAAGUAGCUCCACUUGUCAGCAUGUUUUUCCUUUUAUGCUAUGGAGUGACUAAUCUGGCUUGUUUUGCUCUCAAAGUUGCCUCUGCUCCCAAUUUCAGGCCAACCUUCAAAUAUUUUUCUUGGCAAACAGCCUUAUUUGGAGGUUUGUUUUGCUUUGUCAUAAUGUUUCUCAUCGAUCCUCUGUAUGCUGCCAUAUCACUAGCUCUUAUGAUCAUUCUGUUUGUGGUGAUCUCUCUACGUGCUCCUGUCACACCAUGGGGUGAUGUAUCACAGGCUCUUAUAUAUCAUCAGGUCAGGAAGUAUCUCUUACGACUUGAUAUUAGAAAAGAACACGUCAAGUUUUGGAGACCACAGGUGCUGCUGUUAGUGUCCAAUCCACGCUCAAGUUACCAUCUAAUUGAUUUUGUUAACGACAUUAAAAAGAGUGGGAUGUACAUGCUUGGUCACAUUCAAGUUGAUGAGUUUGGUAACGAGUCCAUAGAUCGUCAGAAACGAGAGCUUGCGUCCUGGCUAAGCUUUGUUGAUAUUGCAGAGAUCAAAUCCUUUGUUGAAAUUACAAUUGCACCUACAAUACGYCAAGGAGCACAAAACCUUAUCAUGACUUCUGGUUUGGGAAGUAUGAGAGCAAAUACUGUUGUGCUAGGUUUCUUUGAUGACAGGCUACCGGAGGACAAUCUGUCUCUCGGAAUUAUUCGAAAAAACAAAUUUUUCGGACGAAGAAGAGCAGUACAAGAUGGUCUCUUCCGUGAUGUGCUCAAUAGUUUACCACGCCUUAGAGUAUCUAAUUCAGACCAGGAAAUGAAUCCAAAAGACUAUGUUGCGAUUAUUAAGGACUGUAUUAUGAUGGGGAAGAAUGUUUGUGUCACAAGAAAUUUUCAGAAUCUAAACAAAAAUUACUUAGAGAAAGGUGGAUAUAUAGAUGUGUGGCCAGUAAGUGCAUCUGUUGUUAGGGAAGGUCCUCUAGGUCCGUACGAUUUAACGUUCCUAUUGAUUCUACAAUUAAGCUGUAUCUUGCAUAUGGUACCAUAUUGGGAAAGUCGAACCUCAAUCCGAGUAUUCUCCGUUACUUGUGAAAAUGCAGCUGAUGAAGAGCAUAACUUGAUUAAUUUAUUAAAAGAACUUCGUAUUCCUGCUGAAGUUAGGAUGGUUCAUGCCAUUGAAGACUGCGAUGUUACAAGAAAUGCAUCAGGAUUUUCGCCUACAGUUAAUUGGUACAGGACAAUCAACCACUUGAUACGAACUCACUCUAGUGAAGCUUAUGUGGUGUUCACUGGGCUGCCUCACCCACCUCAAGAUGAAAACAUGACAGAGCAGUUUUUACAAGAGUUAUCUCUCCUUUCAGAGAACAUUCCACCCGUCAUGAUGGUAUAUGGUCGUUCACCAGUCGUCUCUACAUCACUCUAAUCCUAACCCUUUCUGUUGGACUAGUGACGGGAUGAAAGCAUCUGAAUGCAAAACGUUUGGUCAAGUUGAGAAAAGACGUCUAAUACACUUUCUAUUAUUUUACAAAAAUAUUCAAUGAACAAGUUGCAAUGCACAGUGACGCUGUAAACAAUAUUUAUUUUAUUUUUUUCUGGAGUUUUGAUUGGAAGUUAAUUUCCGCAAUUUCAAAUAACUCAUAUCAGAGCGAGGUCGUGUACCAGAGCGGUCUAAAGAGCGCUCACUUCGACGCAACUCAGGGACGUCAAAGAUGUCCAGUUUCAUAAAUUACCGUACAGUUAUAUGUAAUUAUUUUUUAUUUGCAGCAUUCUUAAUGAAUUUUUUAGAAACGCUAAUGCGUGAAAAGAGGUCUAAAAUGAAAAUCUCUCAAAAUACGAAUAAAAUAGGUAAUAAUUUAACACACAAAAUUUAAUGUGCUAUGACACGUAGAAAUAUAAAUUGAAUUAAAUUUGAUAGCUAUUUAUAUAAAUAUUUUUGUUUGAUUGAGGAACAUUGAUUACGUAUAUAGAAAGAUACCUUUAUAAGUAAAUACUAUAGUAAUUAUGUAAGUGGUAUUUGUGAGUAAUUAUGAAAUAAAGCCACGAUAAUGCUACUUUUAUUCAA